AUGUGUGAUAGGGAUAUCAUUAUUGAGACCCAAGAUAGAGUACUGCAGCGCAUCGAUGUGAAGCAUCCAUUAUAUCUUGGCUUGCAGUAUCCAUUGUUAUUUCCAUACGGUGAAGACGGUUAUCGCAACGAUGUCCAGCGUAUUUCCGUGUCCAGUGGUAGGACUAAUGCAAGAGUUGUUAUCAGCAUGAAGGAAUUCUUUUCUUUUCGACUUCAGAUGCAAUUAGGAGAGUCAGAAAUUCUCCUUCGAUCAAAGAAACUUUUCCAACAAUUCCUGGUUGAUGCGUACACUAUGAUUGAGUUUGAACGGCUUAAUUUCAUUCGAUAUAACCAGAGUCAUCUCAGAGCUGAGCUGUACAAAAAUAUAAAACAUUCAUUUGACAGAGGUGAAGAUGCAGCCGUAAAUACUGGAAAGCGUAUCAUUAUACCUACUUCGUUCACAGGCGGACCUAGAUAUAUGGCUGAAAAUUGUAAAGAUGCUUUUGCAAUUUGCCGUUGGGCUGGGUAUCCUCAUCUUUUUAUAACAAUUACCUGCAAUCCUAAGUGGCCAGAAAUCACACGAGUUGUAAAGGCUAGACAGCUUAGCCCUGAAGAUAGGCCUGAUAUUCUAUGCAGAGUAUUCAAGUUCAAAUUAGACGAAAUGUUACAUGAUUUGAGGAAAAAAAAUGUUCUUGGUAAAGUUAUUGCAUAUGUUUGUACAAUCGAAUUUCAAAAGCGCGAACUACCUCAUGCUCAUAUUCUGCUAUUCUUGCACCCUUCAAACAAGCCUAAAAGUGCUUUUGAUAUUGAUAAAUUGAUUUCAGCGGAAAUUCCUGACAAGGAUUCUAAUCCUUUGCUGUUUCAAGCUGUCACAAAUUACAUGAUACAUGGUCCAUGUGGUCCUGAAAAUUACAAAUCUCCUUGCAUGAAGGACGGACGGUGUUCAAAUUUUUUUCCAAAAAACUUCUGUUCCUGUACUUCUAUUGAUGACGAUGGAUUCCCUCAUUACAAAAGAAGAAAUGAUGCGAGAGUUGUGAACAAAAAUGGUGUUGAACUUGAUAAUCGUUAUAUUGUGCCAUAUAAUGCACAACUUCUUUUAAAGUAUCAGGCUCAUAUCAAUGUUGAAUAUACUUGCCAGAGAAGUGCUAUUAAAUAUCUUUUUAAAUACAUUCACAAAGGGAAUGAUAGAGUAACAGCUGUCGUACAUCACAUAGAAGAUGGAAUCAAAAUGUUUUAUGACUACAGGUAUGUCUCCGCAUGUGAAGUUGCUUGGAGAAUUUUUGGAUUUGACAUUCAUUCCAGGUACCCCCCUGUUCAGAGAUUGCCAUUUCAUCUGCCCAAUGAAAAGAACAUUAUUUUCAGUGAUAAUGCUUCAUUUUCUGAUGUCAAGACAAGGGCGGAGUCCAGACUAUCAAUCUUUGAGUCUUGGAUGGAUGCAAAUAAAAAAUAUCCAGAAGGUAGGCAUCUAACUUAUGCAGAGUACCCGACUGAAUUUGUUUACAAAAACCAAACUCAUGAAUGGAAUCCUAGAAAAAUGGGAUUUUCAAUUGGGAGAAUAAAUCAUUUUUCUGCCAAUAAUGGAGAAGAUUCCUAUCUUUGCACGUUGCUUAAUUUUCAAAGAGGGUGUACCAGUUAUGAAGAUCUUAAAACAAUCAAUGGCGUGCUUUUUCCUACAUUUAAGGAUGUCUGCUAUUCUUUAGGACUUCUAGAUGAUGACAAUGAGUAUAUUGAUGCAAUUAAAAAGGCAAAUUCAUGGGGUUCUGCUGCUUAUCUUAGAUCUUUGUUUGCUCUAUUGUUAUUUGCCAACUCAAUGAACAGGCCUGAAAAAGUUUGGGAAGAGUGUUGGAAAUUUUUAUCCGACGAUGUUCUUUAUCACCAUAGGAAAAGAAUAGGGCUUCAAGAUGCGCUUCUUACCGAAGAAAGUAUAAAAAACAUAACACAUGCAGAAAUUGAUAAGGUGCUGCAGAGCAAUGGUAAAUGCCUCUCUGAUUACCCGUCAAUGCCUCACAUCACCAGGGAAUCGUUGUUUGAUAUGCAGAAUAGAUUAGUGGUUGAUGAAUUAAUGUAUGGCACAUUUUCAUUGGGAGAAGAGCAUGAAAGACUAUUGAAUUCCCUCACUGAUGAGCAGAGAGUUGUAUAUGACAAAAUCAUUUCGGCAGUUACACCAGGUAAAGGAGGGUUAUUCUUUCUAUAUGGAUUUGGUGGUACAGGAAAACAUUUAUUUGGAACUCUUUCAGCAUUUGUUAUAUCAAAAGCUGAAAUAAUACUUAAUGUUGCUUCUAGCAUAAUUGCUUCCCUUCUUCUUCCUGGAGGACGAACAACACAUUCUAGAUUUCGUAUUCCUAUUCAGAUCAAUGAGGAUUCAACGUAUAACAUCAAGCCAAAUUCUACUAUAGCAGAGUUGCUGUCUAAAACGAAGUUAAUCAUUUGGGAUGAAGCACCAAUGGUGCAUAGAUUUUGUUUUGAGGCUCUGGAUAGAACACUUAGAGAUGUUCUUAGAUUUUCUGACACGAGCUGCCUUGAUAUGCCAUUUGGUGGAAAAAUUGUAGUUCUAGGCGGUGACUUUCGGCAAAUAUUACCUGUCAUUCCUCACGGCAGCAGACAGGAGACAGUAAAUGCAACCAUAAAUUCUUCUCAUCUAUGGUCCUAUUGUCAUUUAUUAACUUUGACCAAGAACAUGCGUCUUAAUUCUGGAAGUACCAUUGAUGAUGUGAAGGAAAUAAGAGAAUUUUUUGAGUGGCUCCUUAAAGUUGGGGAUGGUGAUCUUGGAGAUGAUGAAGAUGGAGAAUCUAUAAUAACAAUUCUAGAUGAAUUGUUGAUUACAGCAUCAGAUGAUCCCGUUUCAGAUAUGGUUAAUUUUGUUUAUCCGAAUCUCUUGGAUAAUAUUUCAGAUCCAACGUUUUUCAAAGAACGUGUUAUCUUAACUCCUAAAUUGUCCGAUGUUGCUAUGCUGAACGAGCACCUGAUGUCGAUGAUUCCUGGUGAAGAAAGGAUAUUUUUGAGUUCUCAUAAAAUUCUGAAGCAAGAUGUGGCUUCCUCUGUUGAAGAUGAUGAAUUCACACCUGAGAUCUUAAAUACAUUAUCGUGUUCGGGGAUUCCUGAUCAUAAAUUAACCUUGAAGGUUAAAGUUCUAGUAAUGCUAUUGAGAAAUAUUGAUCAGUCCAGAGGUUUGUGCAAUGGCACAAGGCUGCUCAUUACAAAAUUGGGGGAUCAUGUUGUUCAGGCAAUUGUUCUUACAGGAAGCAAUAUAGGUGAAACUGUGUUAAUCCCUAGAAUGACGAUGAGCCCAUCAAGUCACACAUUUCCUAUAAACUUCCAAAGAAGACAAUUCUCUCUGAUUGUUUCAUUUGCCAUGACUAUCAAUAAGAGCCAAUGA